AUGUUGCCCCGAUUGACUGACCUACAUGUUGUGCCAGAGAAGAUACUAAAAAUGAAAGUGAAAUGUGCGACACAAGUAUUUUCUCAACGUGUAUCAUCUAUAAUGCUGUUUUUAGCCUCUAAAAAUUUAAUUGAAUCGAAUGCCAAAGACACGGCGAAAAUCUGUUUAUUUUUUGAUCAAUUAUUUGAUUCAUUGAAUGGCAGUUUUGAUGGAGUUGUAGAUGGCAAAAUAUAUCAUACAGCUGUUAAAGCUAAAUCUCCUCAUCAUGCACUUUGGUUUAACAGUCUGAAGGUGCUUUCCACAAUGCGUUUUGUUAAAGAUGGGAAAACAUCUUUUACCCCAACAUUGAAAAACUGGGUGACAACAAUACGAGGUUUUCAAACACUUUUUAAAACAUUAUAA